GCGGCUGGCAGCAGGCCCAGGCGAGCGUGCAGCACCCGCGUUCAUGUUCCGCCAGGAGCAGCCGCUGGCCGAGGGCAGCUUCGCGCCCAUGGGCUCCCUGCAGCCGGACGCGGGCAACGCGAGCUGGAACGGGACGGAGGCGCCGGGGGGCGGCGCUCAGGGCACCCCCUACUCCCUGCAGGUGACGCUGACGCUGGUGUGUCUCGCCGGCCUGCUCAUGCUGCUCACCGUGUUUGGCAACGUGCUGGUCAUCAUUGCGGUGUUCACCAGCCGCGCGCUCAAGGCGCCCCAGAACCUGUUUCUGGUGUCCCUGGCCUCGGCCGACAUCCUGGUGGCCACGCUGGUCAUCCCGUUCUCGCUGGCCAACGAGGUCAUGGGCUACUGGUACUUCGGCAAAGUCUGGUGUGAGAUCUACCUGGCGCUCGACGUGCUCUUCUGCACCUCGUCCAUCGUGCACCUGUGCGCCAUCAGCCUGGACCGCUACUGGUCCAUCACCCAGGCCAUCGAGUACAACCUGAAGCGCACGCCGCGCCGCAUCAAGGCCAUCAUCGUCACCGUGUGGGUCAUCUCGGCCGUCAUCUCCUUCCCGCCGCUCAUCUCCAUCGAGAAGAAGGGCAGCGGCGGGGGCGCGCAGCCGGCCGCGCCCCUCUGCGACAUCAACGACCAGAAGUGGUACGUCAUCUCGUCGUGCAUCGGCUCCUUCUUCGCGCCCUGCCUCAUCAUGAUCCUGGUCUACGUGCGCAUCUACCAGAUCGCCAAGCGCCGAACCCGCGUGCCUCCCAAGCGCCCGGGCCCCGACGCCGCGGCCGCGCCGCCGGGGGGAGCCGAGCGCAGGCCCAACGGCCUGGGCCCGGACCGAGGCGCGGGCGCCCUGGGCGCCGAGGCGGAGCCGCUGCCCGCGCAGCUCAACGGUGCGCCCGGGGAGCCGGCGCCCCCGGGGCCGCGCGACGCCGACGCGCUGGACCUGGAGGAGAGCUCGUCGUCCGAGCACGCCGAGCGGCCCCCGGGGCCCCGCGGGCCCGAGCGAGGCGCGCGCGCCAAGUGCAAAGCCCGGCCGGGCCAGGUGAAGCCCGGGGACAGCCUGCCGCGGCGCGCGCCCGGGGCGCCCGGGCCCGGGGCGCUGGGGGCCGGGGCCGCGGAGGAGCGCGCCGGGGGCGCCCGGGCGUCGCGGUGGCGCGGGCGGCAGAACCGCGAGAAGCGCUUCACGUUCGUGCUGACCGUGGUCAUCGGCGUGUUCGUGGUGUGCUGGUUCCCCUUCUUCUUCACCUACACGCUCACCGCGGUCGGCUGCUCCGUGCCGCGGAUGCUCUUCAAAUUCUUCUUCUGGUUCGGCUACUGCAACAGCUCGCUGAACCCCGUCAUCUACACCAUCUUCAACCACGACUUUCGCCGCGCCUUCAAGAAGAUCCUCUGCCGCGGCGACAGGAAGCGGAUCGUGUGACCGAGGCCCGCGCCGGAGAAUAGACCGGAGUCGGCCGCGAGCAGGGCUGGUGGAGGGGCGCGCCCGGGGCCGGCAGAACUCGCUUUUCACGCGCCCCCAGGGGUUGCUCCAGGCCUCUUGCCAGCACCUGACCUUCCUUCCAGAAAAAGUACUGUGUGGGAGCGCCACAUGCCCCCCCCCCAAUGGUUGUUAGGACCCCCGUAGACCCAGCUCAACCCUCUUGGGUGCUGGGCCUCCCCAAAUCAGUAUUGUUUCCUAAAGGUGUUUUCACACCCCCCUGAGCGCAGCAGCUGUCACAGUUCCCAGCAAGCACAGGCUCCCAAAGGGCAUGGCUCGCAAAGGGUUAAAUGGAUGGGGCUUACACAGACCUGGCUCAUUGCGCCCCCCACCCCACCCCACCCCACCCCCACUUGGCUCAAUUUUUAAACAAAGGCUGGGCGGCCCUGCCUGCCCUCUGCAUCCCCCACUGUAAAUAUACACUAUUUUUGAUAGUAAGGGCGGGGGAGGGAGAUUCCCCAACCGUGCUUGGCUUUUGUUGUUGAAAUCCUGGCUGUUGGAGAUGUCCUGGAGGCGGAGGCUUUUGUCUCUACUUCAGGCAAGCCCCUUCGCCUUGCAAACCACAUUUUAAUGUCUUUACCUCUCUCUGGACCUUUUCACCAGCAACUGGUGACUGUCCCUUGGGCCUAGACCUGCUUUGAGAUUUCUUGGGGUGGGGGGAGAUGUCUGCCCAUUUCCCCCCCUGUGCCCAACAGCACAAGUGAGCGCCUUUUCCUAUGUAAAUAUUACAGUGAUGGGCCAAGACAGAAGUAAAUGAACCUUUCUGCCUUGCAUCAGCCUUGUGUACAAAGCCAUUAUCCUCUGAUGCACCUUGUCCCAGUAACUGACUUAAAAACCAUCCCUGUCCCAAGUCCUCUGCCUCCCUGCAGGGCCCCUGCUUGAAGGGUAUGUUUUGUUUCUGUUUGGUAUGUAUUUGGGCCCCUCCCCCCUCAAAGUGCUGACUAGGGGAAAACUCUGAACUGCUAUGUUUAGACCCAGAGGAGUGGAAAUUAAGUGGAAGAAGCAAACCUGAUACAAUUUGCCCAAGGUAAACAGUUUGAAAAGACAAAUGAGCCUGCCAAACUCAAGUUUCUGCUCCCAGAGCUGUGAGGUAUCAGGGUUGCCCCUUUUUAAUCCCUGCUUUUCUGGUGGAGAUUGUGCCACUGAUGAGCUCCUGAAGUCAAGGGCGGAGGGCGGAGACCUCGUGUUUACAUCUGAGUUUCUACAUGGUUUAGACGGAGACUCUUUAAGGCCUGCCAGGCCUGCACUCUUAUUUCACGAAAGAAAAACUAAUGUCAGCACAUGUUGCUAAUGACAGUGGAUUUUUAAAAUAAAACGUUUACAGAUCAAAUGUGAAAUAAAUAUGAAUUAAAUGGUCCUGUCUGUUAUCUGUGUUUCCA